CCGUACUGUAUCGGAGUUCUUCAGGAUUUGCAAGCGGAGUAGUCCUAGCCUUCGGUGGCCGCCAAGCCUAAGCCUAUUAGGGCCGCCAUGGCAUAGGUAUUAGCUGCCGCACUAGAAGGCAGGACGAUGGCUGGAGCCGAAGCGCGUGCGCUGGGCGCCCCUUUCUGCCUUCCUUCUGCCCCACCUUCGGACCAGGCUCGCCAGCGGCGGGGACAGCUGCAAUGUGACACUGCACAAUCCAGGGGUUUCACCAAUUGUAGGAAUCAUGUGUGGCUUCCAAAAAGCUCGCCUUUCAGCCUGCAAAACCGAGGAACGCACAGCAUUCAUCAGAUCAGAAGCCUUAAUCAGGAGGACUUCUCUGUGGUUGAGACAGCACCACCACCUAAGGAACGGCAAGAAUCAAGGAGAGGAGUGAAAAGAGACACAGAUCAGCCUACUGCGAAUAUCAGAAAAGCAGCCCCAAAAUCUGACUUAAGAAGAAGUACAAAGCCCGGGCAACUUGAGGUUGACAAUGCUGUGGAUUCUUGGAUAAGGACACGGGAAGCACAGCAGGCCCCAGCUGGUCAGAAGCCCAACAGUGCAAAGCAAGUUGGCAGGAGGAGAGACUUUUUCCGAGAACGCUUUGGCCCGUUUGGUUUUGAGCCAGAUGCGCAUGUCAGAAAGGCGAUAGAGAUGCUGAGGACUGCGGAGGAUGAGGCGGCUGUGCGCGACAUGCUCGAAACUCUAUCGCGGACGGCAAAGGGAUUGAUGGUCACGCUGUUCAACACCCUAGUCAAAGAAAAGCAAGUAAACCACUGCUUGCAGGUGCUUCGCUUCAUGGUGAAAGAGCCUGGCUACACGAGGCUGGACCGGACUUUCAACAUGGCGAUCAAAGCCUUGGCAGACGCCGGGAGGCUGGCAAGAGCGGAAGCGCUGUUUACGGAGAUGAAGGAGGCAGGAAUAGCACCAGACACGGUGACAUACAACAUUCUCAUCACGGGGUAUGCAAAGAGGGGCCUGAUGCGAGACGCGGAGAAUGUGCUGGCAGCCAUGAAGGGGGCAGGUUUGAAGCCGGAUGCCUGGUCGUACAGCGCCAUGAUCGUGGUGCACUCCAAGUCGGGGCAGGCGGAGGGGGCAGAGCAGAUGAUGCAGGACAUGCUGGAACAAGGGGUGCUGCCCAACGUGUUUGCAUACACCGCCCUGAUCGCAGCUUAUGCCCGGGCCGGGGAUGUGGAAAAAGCGGAGGCGACGUUUGAGGGGAUGCAGCAAGUUGGGUGCGCGCCUGACAUUUAUGCUUUCAGUGCCAUGAUAGAUGCGUAUGCAAAGCAGGGCUUGGUGGCGCAGGCGGAAAGGACCUUCCGAGCUAUGCUUCAAGCCGGGCACGAACCAUCGGUGGUGACUUACAGUGCGAUGGUUGCUGCUUAUGCGAAAGGGGGGCAUGUAGAAAAGGCGGAGAAGAUACUGCAGGUCAUGCAAGAGGCGGGGUGUGCCCCAAACUUGUUCACGUUCAGCAGCAUGAUGGAGGCGUACGUACAGCAGAAGCGCUUCGAUGAUGCUGAGGCUAUACUCGAAUUUGUCAGAGCGGCUGGCCUGCACCCUAGUGUCCAAAUGUACACCACCCUCAUCACGGCGUUCGGCAAGGCAGAGGAAGUCGCCAAAGCGAUCAAGUAUUGGAAGUUGAUGCGGAAAGCAGGUUGUCCACCCGAUCAGGUAGCUUACCUCUCGAUGAUAGAGUUGUAUAAAAAGAUCGAUAGACCGAAAAGAGUGCAAAAACUCCAACAAGAACUGGAGAUGGCUAACCCAGAGGACAAAGACCUAAUGAGCGAAGAUUUUUUCGAAGUUCAGUAGAGAGCUCUCUUUCUCAGCUUAUCGUAUUUGAUUGUGCAAUUAACCGUCACGGC